UGGAGAGAAAUUAACGGGACACUUCAAAUAUCUCCCUCCCUCCCUCCCAUUUCUCUCCCUCUCUCUCACCCUCAAUCACAUUCACAACCAUAUUUCACGAUCGUCAUAAGCUCACAAACGACAUUUUCAAAAAAGCACGCUGUGAGAAGACCUCGAGAAAUACGAAAAUAUGAGGGAAAUUCUUCACAUUCAGGGAGGGCAGUGCGGCAACCAAAUUGGGUCAAAGUUCUGGGAAGUGAUCUGCGACGAGCACGGCGUCGAUCCCACUGGGAGAUACAAGGGAGAUGGAUCCUCCGACAAUCAGUUGGAGCGCAUCAAUGUGUAUUUCAACGAGGCGUCCGGUGGGAGGUACGUCCCACGCGCCGUGCUCAUGGAUCUGGAGCCUGGAACCAUGGAUGCUAUCAGAUCCGGCCCCUACGGCCAGAUCUUCCGACCCGAUAAUUUCGUGUUUGGGCAGUCGGGUGCGGGGAAUAACUGGGCGAAAGGGCAUUAUACGGAGGGCGCGGAGCUGAUUGAUGCAGUGCUCGAUGUUGUUAGGAAAGAGGCAGAAAAUUGUGAUUGCUUGCAAGGAUUCCAGGUGUGUCACUCGCUUGGAGGAGGAACAGGUUCUGGCAUGGGUACCCUCUUGAUUUCAAAGAUCAGAGAGGAAUAUCCAGACAGAAUGAUGCUCACCUUCUCUGUUUUCCCUUCACCAAAAGUCUCCGACACUGUAGUAGAACCCUAUAAUGCUACACUUUCAGUACAUCAAUUGGUGGAGAAUGCUGAUGAAUGCAUGGUCCUUGACAACGAAGCACUGUAUGACAUCUGUUUUAGGACUUUGAAGCUCACCACACCUAGCUUUGGUGACUUGAACCAUUUGAUCUCUGCAACUAUGAGUGGAGUAACGUGUUGUCUAAGAUUCCCUGGCCAGCUCAAUUCUGACCUCAGGAAGCUGGCAGUGAACUUGAUACCUUUCCCCCGUCUUCAUUUCUUCAUGGUGGGUUUUGCCCCUCUCACCUCUCGCGGGUCGCAGCAUUACAUCUCACUCUCUGUCCCAGAGCUAACUCAACAAAUGUGGGACGCAAAGAACAUGAUGUGUGCUGCUGACCCUCGCCAUGGACGCUAUCUAACAGCCUCUGCCAUGUUCCGGGGGAAAAUGAGCACCAAAGAAGUGGAUGAACAGAUGCUUAAUGUACAGAACAAGAACUCUUCGUACUUUGUUGAGUGGAUCCCGAACAAUGUGAAGUCUAGCGUGUGUGACAUUCCACCCACAGGCCUAAAGAUGUCAUCCACUUUCGUGGGGAAUUCGACAUCUAUUCAGGAAAUGUUCAGGAGAGUGAGCGAACAGUUCACAGCCAUGUUCAGGCGCAAGGCCUUCUUGCACUGGUACACUGGGGAAGGCAUGGAUGAAAUGGAAUUCACAGAAGCUGAGAGCAACAUGAAUGAUCUGGUAGCAGAGUAUCAGCAAUAUCAGGAUGCGACCGCAGACGAGGAAGAAGAGUAUGAGGAGGGCAUUGAAGAGCAAUACGAAGGCUAAAGAAAAUUAUAAGGGGUCUUGGUAUCACUACUUCUAUCUCUUCUAUCAAAUAAUAUGCCUAAACUUUACUAGCUCAGGCUCAUAUUUUCAGUAUGUUUCGUGCAAUGUAUAUCAGUAUUACUGGUAUUGUUUUUGAAUGCAUUCAUUCGCUUACUAAUUGUAUAAUAAUAACUGUACCUUCAGCGUCUA